AUGCCUUUAACAAAAUCAGUACCUGUGGUAUUUUAUUUUGCCACACGCUCGUAUCCUCCUAUCAGAAGCAAUCUUAUUCGAAACACUGUCGGCAUUAAUCCGAGGUUAGGAAUUGCAAGGAAAAUCGGUAAACAACGUAAAAAACCACAAACCUCGUCUUCCUCGAAUUCGGUUGAGGAGGUCGAGACAUUCUACUACACCCAAAGACUGGAUCACUUCAACUACAGACCUGACAGCUACGCCACUUUUCAACAAAGGUAUAUGAUAAAUUCCAAGUACUGGGCUGGACCUAAAUCAAGCGCACCCAUUUUUGCAUACCUUGGCGCCGAAGAGCCUGUGGACGAGGAUAUUAAUGUCGUUGGAUUUCUCAGAGAAAACGCCCCUCAAUUCAGUUCUCUUAUUGUUUAUAUUGAGCAUAGAUACUACGGGAAAUCCAUACCGUUUGGGUCCCUGAAAAAAGCGAUGAAGAAUGCAAAUACUCGAGGCUAUUUCAACUCAGCCCAAGCUAUAGCAGACUAUGCUGCUGUGCUUUUACACGUAAAGGAACGUUUGUCUGCCCACACUUCUCCCAUCAUCGUUAUCGGAGGAUCCUAUGGUGGAAUGCUUGCCUCGUGGUUCAGGCUAAAGUAUCCCCACAUUGCACUCGGUGCUCUGGCCUCAUCAGCGCCAAUUCUUUACUUCAAUAGCGUCGCCCCACAAGCCGGAUACUAUUACAUCGUCACCAAGGAUUUUAAAGAAGCUAGUGAGAGCUGCUACCAAACUAUACGUAAAUCAUGGUCUGAGAUUGACAAAGUUUCUAAGAUGCCUAACGGUCUUUCAAUUCUCAGCAAGACAUUUAAAACUUGCAGCAAACUGGACAACAGUUUUGAACUGAAGGAUUACUUGGAUUCAAUAUACGCUGAUGCAGCUCAGUAUAAUGAACCUCCGGAUUACCCAGUCAGUGUGAUCUGUGAAGCCAUUGACGCAGCAGCAAAGAAAACAGAUACUCUUGGCCAAAUAUUUGAAGGAGUAGUUGUGGCUCAUCACGGAAACAAGUCCUGCUAUGACACAAACGAAUUCAAUCUUCCCACCGAAACUGACAUAGGAUGGAGAUGGCAGAGUUGUAGCGAGAUGGUGAUGCCAAUCGGUCAUGAUAGGGACGAUACAAUGUUCCCACCAGCACCUUUCGAUAUGAAGAGCUUUGUGAAUGAAUGCAGAAGCUUGUAUGGCGUUCUUCCACGACCUCAUUGGGUGACAACUUAUUAUGGGGGUCCUGAUUUGAAACUGAUCCUCCAUAGAUUUGCCAGCAACAUUAUCUUCUCCAAUGGACUGAGAGAUCCGUACAGUUCUGGAGGGGUGUUGGAAGAUAUAUCAGAUAGUAUCCUCGCCGUGUCCACAGUCAACGGAUCUCAUUGCCUGGACAUACUUGAAGAGCAACCAAGUGAUCCAGAAUGGCUGGUGAAGCAGAGAAAGACUGAGAUCAAGAUAAUAAAGGGCUGGAUCGCCGAGUACCAAGCUGAUGAAGUUGCAUUAAAUAAACAAGUUCAUCAGUAA